CCCCAGCAACCGGCACAACACAACAAAAUGGCCGCCGCAUCGCUGGUCUCGUAAAGGGAAAAACGAACGUGUCUCCCCGCUCGCCUCAUCUGGCUCGGCUGCUCGGCCCCGGCCCUAGGCGUGAGCGGAGGAGAUUACAGAUAUUGAGCAAAGGUUUUGAUGGACACCUGACUUUAUUCUAGCAAUGAAGAAAGGUCCUCAGCAAAGAAUAUUCUCCAAAGCAAAGAUAUCAUCAUCUCACUCUGUUAGACCAUUUUCUCUUAUGCCCAGUAUGAGAUCUAGGUCACUUUCACCUAUAAGUGGACCAGAGACACCUCAUGCUGGAGGAAAGUGGCGUGAGCAAGUCAAGAUUACAGAGGAAAGCAAUAUGCUUUUGGACUAUCAAGAGCAUAAAGAAGCUGAUUCACAUGCAGGAGUCCGAUAUAUUACAGAGGCCCUUGUUAAAAAACUUACUAAACAGGACAAUUUGGCCUUGGUGAAAUCUCUGAACCUUUCGCUUUCUAAAGAUGGUGGCAAAAAAUUUAGGUAUAUUGAAAAUUUGGAAAAAUGUGUUAAACUUGAAAUACUGAAUCUCAGCUAUAAUCUAAUAGGGAAGAUUGAGAAGGUGGACAAGCUCUUAAAACUCCGUGAACUCAACUUAUCAUAUAACAAAAUCAGCAAAAUUGAAGGCAUAGAAAACAUGUGUAAUCUGCAAAAGCUAAACCUUGCAGGAAAUGAAAUUGAACAUAUUCCUGUAUGGUUAGGGAAGAAGCUAAGAUCUUUACGAGUCCUCAAUCUGAAAGGCAACAAGUUAUCAUCGCUCCAGGAGGUAAGCAAGUUGAAACCACUUCCAGAUUUGACUUCUCUGAUCCUAGUUGAAAAUCCAGUUGUGACCCUUCCUCAUUACCUCCAGUUUACCAUUUUCCACCUCCGUUCACUGGAAAGUUUGGAAGGUCAGCCAGUAACCACUCAGGACAGACAGGAGGCUUUUCAGAGAUUCAGUUUAGAUGAGGUAGAAAGACUGGAAAGAGACCUGGAAAAGAAGAUGAUGGAAACUGAAGAGCUUAAGAGCAAAGAAACAGGAUUCCUUGAGGAAAUUAAAACUCAAGAUAAACUGAACAAAUCAUUAAAAGAGGAGGCCAUGUUACAGAAACAAAACAUUGAGGAGCUAGAGAGUGACUUAAACACGAAAAAUGAAUUGCUUUUGUCUUGGUUUCGUGCAGGCCCUUUUCUGCUGAUUCUUUAUUCUUCCUUAAAGCUAAAACAGAAGACCAUGGAACUAACGCGUGCUUGUCAGAAACAGUAUGAGCUGGAACAGGAAUUGGCCUUUUAUAAAAUUGAUGCUAAAUUUGAGCCUCUAAAUUAUUAUCCAUCAGAGUAUGCUGAAGUUGAUAAAGCCCCAGAUGAAAGCCCCUACAUUGGCAAAUCCAGAUACAAGAGAAAUAUGUUCACCACAGAGAGUUAUAUUGUUGAUAAUGCCCAGCAAGUACAGAUCAGGAAGAUGGAGCCAGAUGAAAGGGAACAACUUAGAAAUGAGCAAGUUGACUUGAAAGCUCAUGUAUCACUGGACAUGGAACUGGAAGAAGAAAAAGAAAAACAAAUAAAUGCAGCACAAACUCGACUGUCACAACUGCAUGAUGAAAUAGAAAAGGCAGAACAGCAAAUUUUAAGAGCUACUGAAGAAUUUAAACAAUUGGAAGAAGCUAUACAACUGAAAAAAGUUUCAGAAGCAGAGAAGGACCUUCUUUUCAAGCAGCUGAGUGGUAGGAUACAACUUCUAACUAAACUACGCCCAGAAGCUGUCGAACUAGAAAUGCAGAUGGAGAAGCAAAGGCAAGAAGUUGCCGAGAAGCAGAAGGAAAUCAAGGACCUGCAAAUAGUCGUCGAUAACCUGGAUUCCAAAGACCCAAAAUAUUCCCAUAUGAAGGCUCUAAAGAGGGGUAAAGAACAACAGCUUGACAUUAUGAACAAGCAGUACAAACAACUUGAAAGCCGUUUGGAUGAGAUACUUUCUAGAAUUGCUAAGGAAACUGAAGAGAUUAAGGACCUUGAACAACAGCUUACAGAAGGCCAGAUAGCGGCAAAUGAAGCCCUGAAGAAGGACUUAGAAGGUGUCAUCAGUGGUUUGCAAGAAUACCUGGGGAAUGUCAAAGGCCAGGCCACUCAGGCCCAGAAUGAGUGCAGGAAGCUACAGGACGAGAAAGAGACAUUGCUGCAGAGAUUGACCAAAGUUGAGCAGGAGAGAAACCAACUGGAAAUAGUUGCCUUGGAUGCAGAAAAUAUGAGGAAGGAGCUUGCAGAGCUAGAAAGUGCCCUCCAGGAGCAGCAUGAGGUGAAUACAUCCCUGCAGCAGGCCCAGGGAGAUCUCAAUGCUUAUGAGGUUGAGCUAGAGGCUCGAUUAAGAAUGAGAGAUGCUGAAGCGAACCAGCUCAAGGAAGAGUUGGAAAGACUAACACAGCUUAGUGAGUUAGAACGAUCAGCCCUUCAAACAGAACUUGAGAAGGAAAGGCAAGCCCUUGAAAAUGCCCUUGGAAAAGCCCAGUUCUCUGAAGAAAAGAAACAAGAAAACAGUGAGCUCUGUAUGCAACUUAAACAGCUGCAGGAUGACAAUAGCCUAUUAAAACAGCAACUUAAAGAUUUCCAGGAUCACCUUAAUCAUGUGGUUGAUGGUUUGAUUCGUCCAGAAGAGGUAGCAGCUCGUGUGGAUGAGCUAAGGAGAAAAUUGAGAUCAGGAGCUGGGGAAAUGAGAAUUGAUAGUCCUUCAGAUAUCUUGGGGAAAAGCCUGGCUGAUUUACAGAAACAGUUCAGUGAAAUUGUUGCACGCUCCCAGUGGGAAAGAGAGGAAGCACGUGUCAGAGAGAGAAAACUCCAAGAAGAAAUGGUUCUGCAACAAGAGAAACUGGCAAAUGGACAAGAAGAAUUCAGGCAGGCCUGUGAGAGAGCCCUUGAAGCAAGAAUUAAUUUUGAUAAGAGGCAGCAUGAGGCAAGAAUCCAGCAAUUAGAGAACGAAAUUCACUAUUUGCAAGAAAAUCUAAAAAGUAUGGAGGAAAUCCAAGGCCUUACAGAUAUCCAACUUCAGGAAGCUGAUGAAGAGAAGGAGAGAAUGCUGGCCCAACUCCAAGAGUUAGAAAAAAAGAAGAAAUUUGAAGAUGCCAGAUGCCAGGAAAAGUUUCUUGGUUUAGAUAAAGAAUUGAAGAAACUAAAGAAAGCUGUAGCUGUCUCUGAUAAGCUAGCCACAGCUGAGCUCACCAUUGCCAAAGACCAGCUUAAGUCCCUUCAUGGAACUGUUAUGAAAAUUAACCAAGAGCGAGCAGAGGAGUUGCAGGAAACGGAGAGGUUCAGCAGAAAGGCAGCAUGUGCAGCCAAGGAUCUGACUCGAGCAGAAGCAGAGAUUGAACUCCUGCAGAAUCUUCUCAGGGAGAAAAGAGGUCAGUUUCAAACAGAGAUGGAGAAAGCAGAUACAAGCACCUUAGGACCAAACUCACAGAUGCUAGAAAUUGAUAAACUGAAUGAGACAAUGGAGAGACAGAGGACAGAGAUUGUGAGGCUGCGAAAUUUACUAGACCUCACUGAGGCUGAUAACAAAGGAGGCUUUGAAAAUGUUUUAGAAGAAAUUGCUGAACUCCGACGUGAACUUUCUCAUCAGAAUGAUUACAUCAGCAGCAUAGCAGAUCCUUUCAAAAGACGAGGUUAUUGGUACUUUGUGCCACCGCCACCAUCAUCAAAAGUUUCCAGCCGUAGUUCCCAGACUACGAAGGACUCUGGCCUCAGCCUGAAGUACGCAGCUUCAACUCCUGUUAGAAAAUCAUGUUCUGGGCAGCACUGUGAGAAGGAAGACAGUGGACCCCCACCUGCUUCAGGAUACUGGGUUUAUUCUCCCAUCAGAAGUGGGUUACAUAAAUCUUUUUCAUAUAGAGAUAGAGACAGUGGAGGAGAUAGCCAGGAAGAGAGUGACCUGGAUGACCAAGAGGAACCUCCAUUUGUGCCUCCUCCUGGAUACAUGAUGUAUACUGUGCUUCCCGAUGGUUCUCCUGUACCCCAGGGCAUGGCUCUGUAUGCACCGCCUCCUCCCUUGCCCAACAAUAGCCAACCUCUUACCCCCGGAACUGUCGGAACUGUCGUUUAUGGUCCGCCUCCUGCUGGAGCCCCCAUCGUGUAUGGGCGUCUACCUCCCAACUUCUCCAUCCCCCUCAUCCCUAUGGGCGUGCUGCAUUGCAAUGUCCCAGAGCACCAUAAUUUAGAGAAUGAAGUUUCUAGAUUAGAAGACAUAAUGCAGCAUUUCAAAUUGAAGAGAUGGGAAGAACAGGGGAUGAGAAUAUCUAAGCGGCAGUGUGAGCAAGAAGUAGAAGAACUGCAUCAUAAUAUUGAUGAUCUUUUGCAAGAGAAAAAAGACUUAGAGCAUGAAGUAGAAGAAUUACGUAGGACUAUCCAGAAACAUCAACAGCGAAAAGACUUCAUUGAUGGAAAUGUUGAGAGUCUUAUUACUGAACUAGAAAUAGAAAAAUCACUUAAACACCAUGACGAUAUUGUAGAUGAAAUUGAAUGCAUUGAAAAGACCCUUCUGAAACGCCGGACAGAGCUCAGGGAAGCUGAUCGACUCCUGGCAGAGGCUGAGAGUGAACUUUCAUGCACAAAAGAGAAAACAAAAAAUGCUAUUGAGAAAUUCACCAAUGCCAAGAGAAAUUUAUUGCAAACUGAGUCAGAUGCUGAAGAGUUAGAAAGGAGAGCUCAGGAAACUGCCCUUAACCUUGUCAAAGCCGAUAAGCAGCUAAGAUUACUCCAGGCUGAUGUGCAGGAUUUGGAGCAGCACAAAAUUGAGCAAGAAGAAAUCUUGAGAGAAAUAAACAAAGCUGUAGCAGCAAAAGACUCAGACUUCCAGUGUUUAAACAAGAAGAAAGAAAAACUGACAGAAGAGCUUCAGAAACUGCAACAAGACAUUGAGACUGCAGAACACAAUGAGAACCACCACCUGCAGGUCCUCAAAGAAUCUGAGACUCUCCUUCAGAUCACGAGAGCAGAGCUGGAAAAGCUGAAAAGCCAGGUGACAGAUCAGCAGCAAGAGAUGGCCAUCUUGGACAGGCAGUUAGGGCAUAAAAAGGAAGAGAUGCAUCUGCUUCAGGAAAGCAUGGUCCAGGCAAAAGCUGACCUCCAGGAAGCUCUGAGACUGGGAGAAACUGAAAUAGCAGAGAAGUGCAACCACAUCAGGGAAGUAAAAUCUUUUCUGGAAGAACUGAGUUUCCAGAAAGGAGAACUGAAUGUCCAGAUUAGUGAAAACAAAGCUCAACUUGUACUUAUAAAGCAGGAAAUUGGAAAAGAGGAAGAAAAUCUUCAGGCAGUUGUAGGGCAAAUGUCUAAAUAUAAAACUGAACUCAAGAAUAUUCUGGACAUGUUACAACUUGAAAACAAUGAGCUGCAAGGUUUGAAGCAACAGCAUGACCAAAAGCUGUCUGAGUUAGAGAAGACUCAGAUUGAAGUGCUAGAGGAGAAACUUGAGUUAGAGAAUUUGCAGCAGACAGCCCAGCGACAGAGAGGGCAAAUAGAGUGGCAAAAGCAGCAUCUUGAGAAGGACAAACGGGAAAUAGAGCGAAUGGCUUCUGAGACCCAAUCAUUACAAGCAUGUGUUGAGUCUUUGAGAACAGAAAAGGAAGAUCUUGAAGAGAAAUGUGACACUUGUGAAAAGAAGUUUGCACAAACCAAAAGGGUUUUAGCAGCUACAGAAGAGAAUAGCAAAAUGGAGCAGUCAAACUUAGAAAAGUUGGAAUUGGGUGUCAGAAAACUGCAGCAAGAACUAGACCAACUAAACAGAGACAAGCUCUCACUGCAUAAAGACAUCUCAGCAAUGCAUCAACAGCUACAAGAAAAACAAGAAGCAGUAAACACACUACAGGAGGAACUUGCUGAUGUCCAAGACCAUUUGAACCUAGCAGAACAGGACCUGCUUCACACCACCAAGCGUCGGGAUGUUCUGCUUAGUGAACAGACCAGGCUCCAGAAGGACAUCAGUGAACAGAUAAAAAAGGCUGAAGACUGUCAAAGAGAAGGAGAGACAAAACAGCAACAACUUCAAGUCCUUCAGAAUGAAAUGGAAAAAAACAAGCUCAAACUAGUCCAACAAGAAAUGAUGUUUCAAAAACUCCAGAAAGAGAGAAAAAGUGAAGAAGAAAGAUUUGAAGCCAGUAAUCUGACACUGAAGGAACAGCAACAACAGCUGGAAAAGGAAUUAACAGACCAGAAGAGCAAACUGGAACAAGUCGUUACGAAGGUAUUGGUGGCUGAAGAACGUGUCAAGACUCUGCAGGAAGAGGAGAGGUGGAGUGAAACCCUGGAGAAGACACUCUCCCAAACUAAACGUCAGCUUUCAGAACGGGAUCAGCAAUUAAUGGAAAAGUCAAAUGAGCUUCUGGUUCUCCAGAAAGAGAUGGACUCUAUGAGGGCAGACUUCAGCCUCCUGCGGAACCAAUUCUUGACAGAAAGAAAGAAAGCCGAGAAGCAGGUUGCCAGCCUGAAGGAAGCGCUCAAGACGCAGCGAAGCCAGCUAGAGAAAAAUCUUCUUGAGCAAAAACAGGAGAACAGCUGCAUGCAGAAGGAAAUGGCAACGAUUGAGCAGGUGGCCCAGGAUAACCAUGAGCGGGCCAAGCGCCUGAUGAAUGAACUCCACCAGAUGCAGCAAGAGUACAUGGAGCUCAAGAAGCAGAUGGCAAAUCAAAAAGAUUUGGAGAAAAGACAAAUGGAAAUCAGUGAAGCAAUGAGGACACUUAAGUCCGAGGUGAAAGAUGAAAUAAGAACCAGCCUUAAGAAUCUCAACCAGUUUCUUCCAGAACUACCAGCAGAUCUGGAAGCUAUUUUGGAAAGAAAUGAAAACCUGGAAGAGUUGGAAAGCUUGAAAGAGAAUUUCCCAUUCACCAUGAAUGAGAGACCACCACCUUUUGAAGAAAAACUGAACUUUUCCCAAGUUCACAUAAUGGAUGAACACUGGCGUGGAGAAGCACUCCGAGAGAAACUGCGUCACCGUGAAGAUCGACUCAAGGCUCAACUUAGACAGUGUAUGUCCAAGCAGGCAGAAGUAUUAAUUAAAGGAAAGCAACAGACAGAGGGCACUUUACACAGCUUGAGAAGACAAGUUGAUGCCUUAGGGGAACUGGUCACAAGCACCUCUGUCAAUUCAACAUCCCUGUCACCCAGUGUCUCUCAGAUGGAGUCUUCACUUGUUGAGGACUCUCAACUUGGACAAAGCCAGAGCUCCUUCCGACAAGUUCUACAAGGUCCACCAGUAUCACCAGACAGUUACCUACCUUGAUGCCGUUCCCAGGGAAAAGAACGGCUCAGCCAGAUGAGGAAUACAACUUUGCAUAAAUACAUCUGAGGAAUUACCUUCUCUACUACCUCACUAACUUCAUAGUUGAAAUACCACUCAAGUUUUUAGCAAGAUCCAGGGACUUGGGAAGCUGAAAUCCCACUGUAGUUAAUUUUGUUUGUACCAUUAAUGCCAAGGUCUUUGUAAAUCACAUAUACAUAUGGGAACUGUUCUAUACAGUUUAAACCAGGGUCCUUAAAAACUGAAGUUUUUGUUGUUUUUUUUUAAUCUUUGAAGUGUUUUUUAUAAAACCAUUGCCAAUUUUAACUGCUCAUUUGAAUCUAUAAACUGGUAAAUCUAUAGUUAAAAGAUGAAUUUAAGCCUCCAUUUAUAUAAUGUCAAGAAUUAUUUUUGGAGUUUGCUUAAAUUCUAUUUUCAUAUGAAAAUAAAAGAUAGAACAAAUUUUGGCCUAUCAUCUGACUUCUCAUUUAACAUAUCAAUCUAUUGUGUAAAGCCUUCCAAAUUUUUACCUUAAUUCCAAGAGAAUGACAAGUAUUUCAAAUGGUCUUCCAUCUUCUGCCUGGAGGUUGAAGUAUGUUGUACCUAUUACUAAAUAUAUUCAUCAUUUGGAAAUAUCUAUUAUAAAACGUAUACUUCAGAUGCUUUUCCUAAGCCAGAAAUACUGUUUGUGUGGUGGAAAAUAAGAAGAACUUUGUACUUUGAAGAGUCUGACCUAGUGGUAAAUUCAACUGUAUUCAGAUUUUUUAAUUUUUGAACUAUUAUGAUUAAGGGCUCAAUUCCAUGAUCUGUAUACAUUACUUCUUUAAAAACAAAAAUAGAAACUACAGUCACAGUUGUGUGGCAAUAAGAGUUAUUCCCAAGGGGUGAGUGAAGUAUGAAACUACAUGUAAUAGAUUAGGUUUUAAAAUAUUCCCAAGAACUCUUUUUCCAGGCCACCUAGCAGCUUUUAGAGCCUUAACAGAUAUGCCUGGUUACUACAGUACAGAAUAGCACAGUACAGUAAUCCCUCACCACCUAAUGAGUUUAUAUUCCUAAAGAGUGGUGUCUGGCUAGAACUGGACCAUCAAAGAACGGGAUAAAUAUAAUUACAAUAAAGACACUAGAAACACAUAAAAUGUAUUAACAUACAAUGAAUAAGUUCUAUAAAGCAUCUACUUCCAAAACAAAAAUUAAUUUGUUAAUGACCUUUGUAUUUACGUUUUCCUUUGUUUCAUUUUCUAGGCUGUUCACAAUUAUUGAGAUCCUUCAGAGGCACAUUUUUCUGGGCCUGUUCUGUCCAUGUGCUGGAUGAGGGUAAAAUAUCCUCUCUAUAUUGUCACACAAACCUACUCGACUAUCAUAUGAACAGGAUUGGAAGGCAAUCAUUUGGUCUUCUGGUAAAGGGACUGAACUGAACCAUAUCUAUAAAAGAUCACACUUAAACCAAAGGGCUUAUGGGUUUAAAAAAAAAAGUUAUCAAAAUUAUGGCCUUGAAGAAUUGGAGAGGUGAAGUAAUAUAUGAAGCUAAAUAAAUGGUUUCAAAAGACAUCUUUUCAAAGAAACUUUACUACCUCUAACUAGUAUGUGAACAACACAACCAAAAAAAAAAA